CACCGUAGUGGUGUGAGUCGCAGUCAACAAUCCGGACAGGGGCAAAACCAACCCAAGAUUCCCGAUCUUGGCAGGCCCCAAGGAAUUCGAAUAUUGAAAAAAGCAAUAUGAAUUACAUGACGGGGCACGCACACGCAUUCGCUAGCGCUUGCUGGCGCACACCGUCUCUUCCAAUGUUCAAGUGACAGAUCACGAGAGUCUCCCCCUUCCCAAUCCUGUUUUGUAAGCUCGGUCAAGCUCUCAUGAUCACAACAAAGGCGGGCUACCAUCAGCCAACGCCGCGAGCCUUACAAACCUUACAACAACGCUUAUGUUAACCCACUUUGUUGACCUCAGCCGCAUUGGUCCAAGUUUCGUCUGAAAGAAGGAACCGGCUCCUUGGGACACAACGUGGCCGAGGUGUGUGAGACUCCUGUGCCGCUCCCAUCAUCACGACCGGCCUCCAAGCUUUCCGUUUUGUGAUCCUUUCGCUUGUUGGGGGAGCCUCUUGCUGAGGGAUUACGCAGUGGACAGCCAACUUAGCCGUUACCAAAGGUCACCCUCCUCUUACACCGCCCAAUACUUUUCCAACUCAUCGACUCGGUCCCUCAGUCACCUCAUCCUCCAGUCGACCUUGCCACAACAAGCCGUCCUCGGAUCUUUUCCCACUAUAUUUUAAGCCUGGACUUUUUGCCCCUCCACACCGACGCCAAACAUAGAGCCGCUUUAUCAUACUCCAAACCCAUAGCAUCAGCCAGAAGACCAGAUUCGUGUUCGGGUUGGGCGGCGCGUCGUCGUUCGAGGUGACCUCUUGUGUACGCUGGUACCACAUCUUGUCCGCUUGACGGUCUCACAUACCUAAGGAGAACCACGGAUUUUGUCCAGCUGGCCCAAGCUCUCACAGGGACGCGGCAAAUUCUUCCUGUCGUGCUUGCAUUUGUCACCUCUGCCGGUCGAGGCAAACCUCUCUAUUUUGAGAGAGGAGCUGUCCCUGCAGUUGGACGGAAGCACCGGCUUCGGAGGCUCAGAGUAAGCGGCAAAGAAUCCGAGAGGCUCUCUCUCUCACGGGGGGUGUGAGAGUCAGUUCAACAGUACGUGCCCAGCAAUCUCGCUGGAUGAUAGAAUUGGUUCUACCAGUUCCCAUCUAUCCGGACCCACUGUUUGUUCUGUUAGCCUUGCGGUGACGGGAAAUAUAAGUUGACACACACAGCCGGGUUCUGUGGAUCACGACUUACGCGACAGGUGUUGUGCGGUGUGUGUGUGUGCGUCUUGUCAGACCUUCCCAGUCGGUUGACAAGCGGAGCAAGCAGCAGAGGAGGGACCCCGGACAUUUGCUUUGUUUGCAUUCUCUCUCUCUCUCUGGUCUUGCAUGUGCAGCAGGUUCCGCGGGACUGGGAACACAUAGCCAAGGGAACCCACUGUACCUUUUGCUUUGGCCCAAUCCAGGGUCAACACGCGAUUUGGCUAUUCAGACAAUUCGGGGGGGGGGGCGUCCGGAGUGAGAAGUCCAAGGCUGUUGAAAGUUUUCCCCUAUCUAGACAGGCUUUCUUCUCUGCAUUGCUCACACGGCACAAGACGACAACUACCAUCGCAUUAUUUUCUGUUAUCUCAGAUUUUCGGACGGAGAAGACCAGAUCUUCCAUUGCCACGGGUUCUUCUUUGAGUACUCACUGUCGGGCGGUAGUUUAGCACAGACAGACAGGUCCUUUGUUCGAUUGCGUGUACCUGCCUGGCGGGUGGUGUUAUCUUUCCUCAACUGAGACUCUGCAGCAAGACUCCGCGGUUUGCACUUUCUGAGGUCCGCUCGCCGGGUGUUUGUGGCAACGAUUUCAAAAGGAAAGAGCGAGGAAGGGUAACCCUACGGAGGAGAUUGAGCUGGGGAACACGCAUACUUGCAACUUUUCGGCAACAACGAACGGCCCUGAAUCAUCAAGUCAGGCAAGGCCGAAGGAUCUGGUCUGGAAGGGUUGCCUCUUUCUUUCGCCUACCUAUCUCGACGGGACGGCUUACUUUUUCCAACCACACACACACACACAAACAUACAACACCUCCGGUUAUCAACGAAAGGCAGCACGGAAAAGGCCAAAAAAAACAUCCUCGUGUCAUUUUAGGCUUCUAUCUGCCUUACCGUAUACCAUAACUUUAACUUCUUCUACGACGAUCGAAAAAGGAAUCCAUCUUUUUACUUCCGCUCUGUGUUGCUGUCUCGAUUGCACGUUCGAGAACGACCAGUUUACACAGCAACAACCAAACAAACGAUAUAUAAUCUCUUUUAUUGGCCGAGGCUAGCCAGCCCUCUCUAUAAACCCAACACACAAUGGCGGACCCAUACGACGCCGACGUCCCAGAAGAGGAGAGCCCAAUAUUCCGCCACCUCCUCGCCUCGCUUCACUACGGAUACCCAGCCGCUGUCUUCAUCUACUACACCAUCUCGUCCACCAUUGCGGUUUGCACUCUCCAGACCCGGUCCACCGCCGAGUCCAAGGACCAUCCCCGUCGCAGGUUCAUCUCUUGGCUGUUGAUGCUGGGCAUUCUGAGUUGGUUUGCUCAGCUGGGAUAUCUACUAUUUGUGGCGGUUGCCGAAGAGAAGUUCCCCCCGGCGGAGCAGGAUGUCAUCAUCGGCUUGCUGAGCUGCGCGCUGGUGUUUGGGGUGCAGUUUGCGGGGCUUUGGGAGGCGGAAAAGGCGGUGGUGCUGUGGCCGUAUAUGGGGAGUGUCGGCAUGGGGAUGGUUUUUGAACCUGUUUUGGUUUGGUUGACUUGGAAGACUAGGGUGGAAAGUGGGGGGUUGGGAUUCAGGGAGAUUUUUGAUUUCUCGGCGGCUGGGGCGAGAUGGGCUGCGUUUGGGUUGGUGUUGAUGUUUUAUUUUGAGGGGGUUUGGAAUGUGGAGAGGGAAAAGGCUACUGAUAUGGAAAGGCAGGGCUUGCUCAACAAGACGAACGGACAUGUGAACGGGGUUGAGUCGGAUGGGGAGGAGAGGAGCCAGAAUGGGUAUGGGGCUACGUCGGAUAGUUCUACGGAUGCUAGUCAGAGCCCGACUACUGAUGCGGUUGAGUCUCCGUGGGAGAGGAGGGAGAGGCAGGCAAAUGAGGCAAUGGAGAAGAGGUUGAAGGAGAAGGGUAACUGGGUUACAUACGCGAAGAGUUUCUUGGUUUUCUUCCCUUACGUUUGGCCUGUCAAUCAUCGGUCGCUUCAGGUUCGCGUUGUUCUUGUUGGUGUUUGCUUGCUCGCCAUGAACGCCAUCAAUGUUUUGAUCCCGCGGCAGAUGGGCAUCAUUAUGGACAGUUUGGCUGGUGAUGUGGACAGAAACCCCUGGACCGAGGUCAUGAUAUUUGCUGGUCUGAAGCUGGUAGCUUCCGAAGCAGGUCUUUCCCUCUUGCGACAGUGGCUUUGGAUUCCGGUUGAGUAUUACUCCUUCGAUGCUAUGAGCACGGCGGCAUACUCCCACGUCCUUAACCUCUCGUCCGAUUUCCACGAUUCGAAGAGUUCUUCCGACAUCAUGAUGGCCAUUCAGUCUGGUCAAAGCAUCUCCAACAUGCUCGAAUCGAUUUGUUUCCAGGCCGUUCCCAUGCUGAUCGACAUGACGGUCGCCUUCAUCUACCUGUCGUAUACCUUUGGACCGUACGAGGGCUUCAUCACUAUUGCUACCGCGGCCGUGUUUCUGUAUAUUGCCACUCGGAUGAUUUCGAAGCUGAAGUCUGCGAGGAGGGGUGAGGUCAGCGCCUGGUUCAAGGAACACUAUGUCAGACAGGCUGGUAUUCAGGGAUGGUCAACGGUCACCUGCUUCAACCAAGUUGGACAUGAGGAGGCAAGAUACUCGGAGGCUGUCAAGGAUCGGGUGGCAAAGUCGCAGAAGGUGUACUUUGGCUACGUGGUUGCUUAUGCUUUCCAGUUCUUGGUGUUACUGUCGGGUUUGCUUGCUGGUGCUUUUCUGGCGGUUUACCAGAUUACACAUGGCCAAGUCACACCCGGAAAGUUCAUCAUGUUGCUGACGUAUUGGGCUCAGCUGGUGGCGCCGCUGACCUUCUUUGCUGGGCUGGGCAAGACGAUAAGCAAGGAUCUUAUUCACGCCGAGCAGCUGUUGGAGAUCAUGCAGACGAAACCGACCAUCAAGAACAAGGAGGGGGCACCGCCACUGCAUUUCACCGGCGGGAGGGUCAAGUUUGAGAAUGUGUGCUUCUCGUACGACAAGAAGAAGGAGAUCUUGAGGAACAUCGACUUUGAGGCCACGCCCGGGAUGACGGUUGCUUUUGUUGGGGCAACGGGGGCGGGAAAGUCGACGAUUCUGAAGCUGCUGGAUCGGUUCUAUGAUGUGACGAAGGGAAGCAUCACGAUUGAUGGGCAGGAUAUCAGGGAUGUGGAUUUGUUCAGCUUGAGAGGACAAAUCGGCAUUGUCCCGCAAAGCCCGAUCCUGUUUGAUGACACGAUCAUGAACAAUGUCCGGUAUGCGAAGCUCACGGCGACAGAUGAGGAGGUCCAUGAGGCGUGCAAGGCUGCUAGUAUCCAUGAACAAAUCAUGGGAUUCUCGGACGGUUACAACACUCGGGUUGGGGAGCGUGGUGUCAAGCUUUCUGGGGGUGAGCUUCAAAGAGUGGCGAUUGCAAGGGCCAUCUUGAAGAGGCCGGCAAUUGUGCUCCUCGAUGAGGCUACCAGUGCGGUCGAUACCGAGACUGAGCAGAAAAUUCAAGAGGCAUUGAGAACCCUUUGCAAGGGGAGGACCACUUUUAUUGUUGCGCAUCGACUUUCCACUAUCAUGAAUGCUGACCGCAUUAUUGUUGUUGGCGGAGGAGAGAUUGUCGAACAGGGCAGCCACGAGGAGCUGAUCCUGCAAGAGGACGGCAAAUAUGCCGAGCUCUGGUCGAAGCAAAUUUUUGUCAAGCCCAAGGACAGCAAGGAUUCGACUCCGGACGGCACCAAGUCCCCGGUCAAGGGACGUAAAGCACCGAAUAUCGUCAAUGACUUGAGCGCUGAAGCUACCAACUCGGUGCUCGCGAAAGUGACAAACAAGCCAAGUGUGCAGACGAAUGGAGACGCCGCGAAAGAUCCGAACAGCGCUGUAAACGGCUCCGUCGGCUCGGAGAACACCAAACCAGUGAGUGGUGCGGUGAACGGGCACAAAAAAGAGGACACUUCGUCGUCGUCGAGCCGCUUGAGGCUGAACCCUGGUGCUCCGACUUUUAUGCCUCGCAUUAGCACAACCACUCCGUCUAGCCCUGUUGGAAGGGUAGUGGAUCGGUCAUUUGGAAACGACAGCCCGCGGGUUGUACCUUUGACUACUACUCCUGCACCGCCUCCUUCACCUGUUGCCCCCCUUCCUCGUGGAAUUGUUCCACCGCCUGGGAUCAUCCCGCCGAACCACCAUGUUCAGUUUUUUGCCACGCCAGUGGUUAUGGUUCCUGCUGGGGCGGCGGCAACGCCAUAUCCACUGUUUCCACCCGGCGGCGGGUUGCCUUUGUCGUCCUCGUUGGGUGUGAGACAAACGCAGCAGCAGAGAGGAGGGCAGGAUGUCAAGCAGCAGUACUGGGGGAAAGUCCCGUCAACCGUGGGAAUGAUGGGUAUGGGAUUGACGACAACUCCAAGAAAACCGAGAUUAGAUUGGAAGUCGAUCUCGCCGCGAACACCUGAGAGUGAUGACGAGGAGGAUGAAGAUGAGAAGGGAAAGCGGACAUGUUUUGAUGAUGAUGAGAAGAAGGGGAAGAAGGGGGGUGGUGAUGGGGAUGAUGAGAAGGAUGGAGAAGUGAGGGGAUACUUCCCGUUUUAUUCGAGGAGGAUUCAGAGCAAAAGUGAGCCGAGUGGUUCUGGGCAGGGUGUAAGUCGGUCUCCUACCGAAGUGGAGGAGUGA